AUGUUUCACAUACAGAAAAUCUCAUUCUCGUGGCAUCUCCCGUUUCUCUCUUUCUUUCACUCUAUCUUUUUCUCCCACUCUCUCUUUCUCUCACUCUCUCUUUACUCUCACUCUCUCUUUACUCUCUUGCCUUUUCUUCUGUCUCUCAAUUUUCUCUCACUCUAUCCUUUUCUUUUCCUUUUUCUCUUUUUACUUCCAUCCCCCUCCUUUCUUUCUUACUUUUGCUCUGUUCCACUCUCUCUUUUCACCUGCCGCAUUCUUACUCACUCUUUGUUUCAUUCUCCUCUUUCUAUCCCUUAUACUUUUCUCCUCGUCUUUUUCUUUGAUUCUGCCUCAUUUGCUAUCUGUCUUACUCCCUCUCCCUUCCAUUCUCUUUCUCUCUAUUCCUUUACUAUCUAUCUUUACCCCUCUCUCCUUCUCAUCCUCUGUCUUUAUCUAUCUAUCUAUCUAUCUAUCUAUCUAUCUAUCUAUCUAUCUAUCUAUCUAUCUAUCUAUCUAUCUAUCGGUCUUUUUUUUAAAAUAUAUCUAUCUAUCUAUCUAUCUAUAUUUUUUUUUUUUUUCUAUUCAUCUAUCUAUCUAUCUAUCUAUCUAUCUAUCUAUCUAUCUAUCUAUCUAUCUAUCAUCUGUCUUCUUUUUUUAAUCUAUCUAUCAUAUCUAUCAUUCAUCUAUCUAUCUGUCUUCUUUUUUUUUUUAUCUAUCUUCAUCUGUCUUUUUUUUUUUUUUAAAUCCAAAUCUAUCUAUCUAUCUAUCUAUCUAUCUAUCUGUCUUUUUUUUAUCUCUAUCUAUCUAUCUUUUUUUUCUAUCUAUCUAUCUAUCUGUCUUUUUUUUUUAAAUCUAUCAUUCAUCUAUCUAUCUAUCUAUCUAUCUAUCUAUCUAUCUAUCUCCGCUCUCCGUUACUCCACCGUACCUCCAUCGCGUUUACCUCUCUCUCUCUCUACCUCUACCCUCUCUCUCUCUACCUCUCUCUCUUUAUCUCUACUCCCUUUCUCUCUCUCUACGUCUCUCUCUCUCUACCUCUACUCACUCUCUCUCUCUACAUCUACGUCCUCUCUCUCUCUACUUCUACCCCCCUCUCUCUACCUCUACCCCCUCUCUCUCUACCUCUCCUCUACCUCUACCCCCCUCUCUACCUCUCUCUACCUCUACCCCCCCUCUCUCUCCCUCUCCCCACCCCCUCUCUCCCUCUCUACCUCUACCCCCCCCCUCCCUCUCUACCUCUACCCCCUCUCUCCCCUCUCUCUCUACCUCUCUCUCUACCUCCCCCCCUCUCUCUCUCCUCUCUCUACCUCUCCCCUCCCCUCUCUCUCUACCUCUCUCUCUACCUCUACCCCCCCCCUCUACCUCUCUCUUUAUCUCUACCCCUUUCUCUCUCUCGUCUCUCUCUUUCUACCCCUCUCUCUCUCCUCCUACCCCCCCUCUCCUCCUCUCUCUCUACCUCUCCCCCCUCUCUCUCCCCCUCUCUCUCUACCCCUCUCUCUCUACCCCUCUCUCUACCUCUACCCCCUCUCUCUCUACCUCUCUCUCUACCUCUACCCCCUCUCUCUCUACCUCUCUCUCUUUAUCUCUACUCCCUCUCUCUCUACCUCUCUCUCUUUCUACUUCUCUCUCUCUCUACCUCUACCCCCUCUAUCUCUACCUCUCUACCCCCUCUAUCUCUACCUCUCUACCUCUACCCCCCCUCUCUCUCUCUACCUUUCUCUCUACCUCUGCCCCUCUCUCUCUACCUCUGCCCUCUCUCCACCUCUACCCUUCUCUCUCUCUCUCUCUCUCUCUACCUCUCUCUCUCUCUUAUUGUCUACACACUCAAUUUCCAGAUUUCUUUUGUUAUAUUUCUCUUUCCCUGUAUCCUCGCUUGUAUCAUUUUCAUACUCACUCCACAUUCUUUUUCGAUUUCUUUCUUGCACUUCUUCAUUCAUUCAUUUAGACACAUUUUCUCUUUCUUUUCAUAUCCCUAUUUUUUUUCUUCUUUCUCUUAAACUGCUAUUGGAUUUCUUCUUCUUCUUCUUCUUCUUCUUCUUCUUCUUCUUCUUCUUCUUACUCCUUUUUUUUUUCUUUUUGUUCUUUUUCUAUUCACUGUUUUUGUUGGUCCUUUAUUUCUUCAUCCUUUUUUCUUCUUUUUUUUCUUUCUCACUUACUUCUCCUUCUUUUUCUUCCUCUCCUUCUUUUUAUUCCUCUCCUUCUUUUUCCUUCCUCUGCUCUUUCUUCUUUGACUUCUUACUCCUUUUUUUUUUCUUUUUGUUCUUUUUGUAUUCACUGUUUUUGUUUGUUUCUGUUGGUCCUUUCUUUCUUCAUCCUUUUUUUUUCUUCUUUUUUCUUUCUCCUUUCCUACUCCUUCUUUUUCUUUCCUCUCCUUCUUCUUUUUCUCCUUCUCCGUUUUCUUCCUCAUUUUCUUUUUUUUUCCUCUCCUUCUUUAUACCGAUCGUCUUUCUUCUUUUUCUACCUUUGCGGCAUCUUCUUUUUCUUCUUUUUCUUCUUCUCCCUUUCUUUCCUCUUCUUCUUCCUUUUUUCUUCCUCUCCUCCCCCUUCUUCCUCUCCUCCUCCUCCUCCUUGCUUUUCUUCUUCUUCUCCAUUUUCUUCCUCUCCUCCUUUUUUUUCCCUCCUUUCUUUCUUUUUGUUUUUUCCUCUCCUUCUUUUUCCUCCCCUCUUUCUUCUUCUUUUUCUUCAUCACCUUCCUUAUUCUUUUUCUUUUCUAUAUUUUUCUUCGUCUUUUCAACUUUCCUGUUGUUUGCAACAAAAUAUAGGGUAAUAUUAUUUUUUUUCUUUUCGCUCUAUCUCUCUCUCUCUCUCUCUCUCUCUCUCUAUCUCUCUAUCUAUCUAUCUAUCUAUCUAUCUGCUGAUCUCUUCUAUCUUGAGAACCCGCCGAGAGUCUAUUCUUUCCAAGUGAGAUUUUCAAGGUUUUCUUUCAUCUAUGAAGAAACGUCCACAACAUUGCAAUUGAUUCAACUCGGCUUCCUUUCCAUCAAAAUGAUGUUUACUCUCUCUCUUUCUCUUUCUCUUUUCUCUCUCUCUCCCUCUCUCUCUCUCUCUCUCUCUCUCUCUCUCCACAAUAGGUGUAGCUGUAAUCGUGUUAUUCCCUUUUGUCACUCUCUACGUAUCAAAUCAUUUUUGGACGGUGGUCCAUUUUAUAUCCUGUUUUAUUUUGUCUCAGUUUAG